AUGGGCUGUACAUUAAGUGCCGAAGAUAAAGCUGCAGUGGAGAGAUCAAAGAUGAUUGAUAAAAAUCUCCGCGAGGAUGGAGAGAAGGCAGCAAGGGAGGUAAAACUGCUCUUACUAGGUGCAGGGGAGUCGGGGAAGAGCACCAUUGUCAAGCAGAUGAAGAUCAUCCAUGAGGAUGGCUACUCAGAAGAUGAGUGUAAGCAGUACAUAGCUGUGGUCUACAGCAACACCAUCCAGUCCAUCAUGGCUAUCAUCAAGGCCAUGGGCAAUCUCAAGAUUGACUACACAGAAGCCGCCAGAGAGGAUGACGCCCGCCAGCUCUUUGCCCUGUCGGCUGCUGCUGAGGAGCAGGGCAUCCUGCCCGAUGACCUGUCCAAAGUGAUCCGUCGCCUGUGGUCCGACAGCGGGGUGCAGAGCUGCUUCACACGCUCCAGAGAAUACCAGCUCAAUGACUCAGCCGCAUACUACCUGAAUGAAAUGGAGAGGAUAGCCAAAUCAGACUACAUCCCCACACAGCAGGACGUGCUGCGGACCAGAGUCAAGACCACUGGCAUCGUGGAGACACACUUCACCUUCAAAGACUUGCACUUCAAGAUGUUUGACGUGGGCGGCCAGCGCUCAGAGAGGAAGAAGUGGAUCCAUUGUUUUGAAGGAGUCACAUCCAUUAUCUUCUGUGUUGCGCUGAGUGCUUAUGACCUGGUGCUGGCUGAGGAUGAGGAGAUGAACCGGAUGCAUGAGAGCAUGAAGCUGUUUGACUCCAUCUGCAACAACAAGUGGUUCACAGAGACCUCCAUCAUCCUCUUCCUCAACAAGAAGGAUCUGUUUGAGGAGAAGAUUACAGGCAGCCCCCUGGCUAUCUGCUACCCCGAGUACACAGGAGCCAACAAAUACGACGAGGCAGCGAGUUACAUCCAGACUAAGUUUGAGGACCUGAACAAGAAGAAGGACACGAAGGAGAUCUACACCCACUUCACCUGUGCCACCGACACCAAGAACGUCCAGUUUGUCUUUGACGCUGUCACCGACGUCAUCAUUAAGAACAACCUGAAGGACUGUGGUCUCUUCUAA